AUGGGGGUUCCCACGAAAGUUUACAUUCACACCAACAUCUACACUUACAGUAACAAGUAUAAAAAUUUGGAUCGCUUUCGCAAUGACGUGAAAAGGUUCCUAGCUGAGUAUGAUCACAUCGUGCUGCACAAGGAUAUGUACAAGCUAGUAUUCAAAAGCUACCUGCGCGAGAUCCGUUCUAAGGUGAAAACAUUGCUGGCCAAAUUCGAAGCGGCUCCCCUCGACGAUGGAAGUACCCGUCCGGAGAAGGAAAUGUUCUGCUGCGGACUCGCAUUUACCGACAAUGAGCAGUUCCGUAAACACUACAAAGCAGUCCACAAUGAAGCCUUUCUCCUGUAUCCCAACAUGCUAGAGUUGAAAUCCGCCUUCGCCAAGCUGGACCACAUGCGUCACCGGUUGGAUGAGUACACGCGGUUCGGUAAAGAGCACACGUGCACGCUGUUGGUGGAUCUGAAAAGAAUAGCUAAGAAGAUCUCAUGUACCUUGAAGUUUUAA